GUUGCGCAUUCUGGAGUCGGCCGAGCGAGGAGAGCGCACAGCCGGGGUGAGGGAAAGCGCACGGACGAGCUCUUCCACCCCCGUCGGAGCACGGCGAAGAGCGCGGAGAGCGUAGUUUGAUUGGCGGAGGACGGGAAGAGCCAAAAAGCUGCAGCCAGGAAACGGCGUCGGGUUUCAGGGGGAGUGACUCUCCUAGGGAGCCAGGGGAGGGGGCUGUAGGGAGAGAGUUUGCGAGGCGUAAGGAGAGAGAAAAAACCUUUGUAAACCUGACAAAGCGUUUGAGAUCACAAGCAAGUAUCCUCGAAGGAGGAGAAGACGUGCAGCCGACGGAGAUUCCCAAGUUAAUGGAUUCUGUGUUUUUUUGUCGGAGGACGUCGAAACAUCCUGCUCGGUUUACGCACCAGCCUCCUCCGAAAGUGUGCAUUCCUUCUCGUUUUAGAUGAAGUUUGCAUUACAAGGAAAGAUGAACAUGUUUCAGCAAUUUUGCUAAUAAGAGAGUAAUGAAAAGUUGAAGAAAGAAGUUUGGUGGACAUUUGUCUUCCAAGGGAACUGCGUUAUUAAUAUUUUGGAAUAUACAAUCUCCGGAUUCCACGAGACAGAAUAGUCAUGCACGGAUUUUGGAUUUUUGGCGAUAAUUGUCCCUGAUCUGAGAAUAAGUUCGGCGGAUUUUGGAAUAGUACAACUAUCGCUGCUUGGCAUUUUUGUUGCAGCAGGGAGAAGUCGCCCCGUCGGGAGUACACAUUCCUCUCUGUUCGGCUCAUGCACCCGCCUGCCGUUCCGUGCAUGCGGAUCGAAACUCAGCAUUCUAGUCCAUCGAGGUCAGGUGACUGGGGGAGAUUCCGGUGAGCGACAGGCCGGACAGCCUGCAGUUCAUGGUUGGGCGGAGCUCCUCAGAUGGGGUCAGUGUCCAGGGGGAGGCGGAGGAGGGCGGGAUGGGGAGACACGCCCUCCAGUAAGGGAAUGUCCGCGUGGGCAUGGCUGCUGGGCGUGGUCUUGCUGUCCCUGGUGACUGUUUCCGCUGCGCGGCCGCCUGUCAUUGCGACUGAGGAAGAGGAGACAACGCUUGAACCUGAAGAGCCUCCGACAAAAUACCAAAUCUCUAAGCCCACGGUGUGCUCAGUGCACCCCGGCGACCUGCUGAAGCUCAGCUGCCCGCUGCCCGAGGCGGGGACCAUCACCUGGACGAAAGACGGCUCCUCUCUGGGGCCCAACAACCGCACGCUGAUAGAGCAGGAGUGGCUGCAGAUCCGCGACGCCACGCCCAAGGACUCGGGCCUGUACGCGUGCAGCACGGUCAGCCCGCUGGGCAGCGAUACGCUUUGCUUCAUUGUAAACGUCACAGAUGCCAUCUCGUCCGGAGACGAUGAGGACGACACGGAGCGGUCGGAAGACGUACCUGCGGACGGGGAACAGAUGCGGCCACCAUACUGGACGAUGCCAGAGAAAAUGGAGAAGAAGCUGCAUGCCGUGCCGGCUGCCAACACAGUGAAAUUCCGCUGCGCAGCUGGGGGGAACCCGAGGCCAAAGAUGCGCUGGCUGAAGAACGGCAAGCCCUUCCGACAGGAGGACCGCAUGGGGGGAUACAAGGUUCGACACCAGCAUUGGACCCUGAUCAUGGAGAGCGUGGUGCCGUCGGAUAAGGGGAACUACACCUGCCUGGUGGAGAACCAGUACGGAUCCAUCAACCACACCUACACGCUUGAUGUAGUGGAGCGGUCACCCCACCGGCCCAUCCUCCAGGCGGGCCUCCCGGCCAACACCACGGUGCGCGUGGGCGAGGACGCCCGCUUCGUCUGCAAGGUGUACAGCGACGCUCAACCCCACAUCCAGUGGCUCCAGCACAUCCAGAAGAAUGGCAGCCGCUACGGCCCCGACGGGCUCCCCUACGUCCGCGUGCUCAAGACCGCAGGUGUUAACACCACGGAUAAGGAGAUUGAAGUUCUCUACUUGCCCAAUGUUACUUUCGAUGAUGCUGGGGAGUACACGUGCUUGGCGGGUAAUUCUAUUGGGAUCUCCUUUCACACUGCUUGGUUGACGGUGCUUCCAGCCGACACGGACACUGGCACUCCCUUGAUGCCCCCGGACUACGUGGAGAUCGCCAUCUACUGCAUUGGAGUGUUCCUCAUCGCCUGCAUGGUGGUCAUCGUGGUGGUCUGCCGCAUGAGGACCACGGCCAAGAAGCCCGACUUCAGCAGCCAGCCGGCCGUGCACAAGCUUAGCAAACAGAUCCCCCUGCGCCGCCAGGUAACAGUGUCAUCGGACUCCAGCUCGUCCAUGAGCUCCAGCACGCCGCUGGUGCGCAUCACCACACGCCGCUCGUCCACCCAGGAAGAGGCCAUCCCUGAGUACGACCUCCCGCAGGACCCGCGCUGGGAGUUCUCCCGGGACAAGCUGACGCUGGGGAAGCCACUGGGAGAGGGCUGUUUCGGGCAGGUGGUCAUGGCGGAGGCAGUCGGCAUCGACAAGGACAAGCCCAAGGAGGCGGUGACGGUGGCUGUGAAGAUGCUGAAAGACGAUGCGACGGAGAAGGACCUGUCUGACUUGGUGUCUGAAAUGGAGAUGAUGAAGAUCAUCGGGAAGCACAAGAACAUCAUCAACCUGCUGGGGGCGUGCACGCAGGACGGUCCCCUGUACGUUAUCGUGGAGUAUGCCUCUAAGGGCAACCUGCGGGAAUACCUGCGCGCUCGGCGGCCGCCAGGUAUGGAGUACUCGUAUGACAUCGCCCGUGUGUCCGACGAGCAGCUCACCUUCAAGGACCUGGUGUCCUGUACCUACCAGGUGGCUCGGGGGAUGGAGUACCUGGCCUCACAGAAGUGUAUUCACAGGGACCUGGCCGCCAGGAAUGUACUGGUUACAGAGAGCAACGUCAUGAAGAUCGCUGACUUUGGCCUGGCCAGGGACGUCCACAAUAUUGAUUAUUACAAAAAGACGACAAACGGUCGUCUGCCAGUGAAGUGGAUGGCUCCAGAGGCGCUCUUCGACCGGGUUUACACUCACCAGAGUGACGUCUGGUCCUUUGGGGUGCUCAUGUGGGAGAUCUUCACGUUGGGGGGCUCUCCGUACCCCGGGAUCCCAGUGGAGGAGCUCUUUAAGCUGCUGAAGGAGGGUCAUCGAAUGGACAAGCCAGGCAACUGCACCAAUGAGCUGUACAUGAUGAUGAAGGACUGUUGGCAUGCUAUUUCAUCCCACAGGCCCACCUUUAAACAGCUGGUGGAGGACUUGGAUCGCAUCCUCACCUUGGCCACCAAUGAGGAGUACCUGGACCUGUGUGCCCCCGCAGAGCAGUACUCUCCCAGUUUUCCCGAUACGCGGAGCUCCUGUUCCUCCGGCGACGACUCCGUGUUCUCCCAUGAUCCCCUGCCGGACGAGCCCUGCCUCCCCAAGUAUCAGCAUAUCAACGGAGGGGUCAAAACAUGAGGGGCAGGAACGCAGUCACACGCCCCGCCCCCUCCCCACCCCCCCACGCCCGGCCCUCCCUUCCUUCCUCUUGCCGCCCCGGCAACUAGCCCCCACCCCCUCCUGCCUCCCCCCCCACCACCUUCCCUGGCUCGCAGUGGACUUAAGGACCCAGGGGGUGGGGAGGGCAGACUGGUAGCAUCGCUGCUGUUGGAACUGUACUGAGGUGUGUGCGGAAUACACACACACACACACACACACACACACAUACUCACACGCACACAUGCACACACAGAGUCACACACAUGCACACACACACACGCACACAGACACACAUGCGUGUGAAUCCAAGCUCUUAAGAAGAGGACGGUCCCUGUUCCACUCAUCUGACUGAACGGCCAAUCCCGGGACGCCCCACCUCUUACAUGCUCUGUUGUCGUUCUUGUUUUGUUUUGUAUUUUUUUUUUUUCUGUGAUUUCCGUCAUUCCGCUGGCUGGCAUUCCGAGACUUUUUUUUCCCGAGGGAAGAGCGAAGCAAGGGACACAAGGACGAAAAGUAGGAAACAAACUGAGAAAAGAAGCAGGAGAAGAGCACAGACACUGCCUCUUGUUUAUUUUGUAAUAUUGUUACUUUUCUUUUUCGAUAAGCCCACACGAUUAUUAUUAUGGAGUCAAAUAACACACGGUAUAUAGUGCUGGGUAUAUUUGUAAAUAUAUUCAAAUAUGUAUAAAUAUAUA